CAACCUUAUUGCUAACCUAGAAAAAGGUUAUGCAGAUUCCGCUUUACUCGCAAAAGUGUUGUUCCCUCGUGUUGGGACGUUAAGAGCUAGUCAACUUAUGAUGUCAUUUUCAAUUAACUGAAUGUCAUGCAUAUCAAAUACUUGCAUAUUUCACAUUAGUUUGGAGUUAUAUUUAAAUCUUUGAAUUAAAAAAACUAUGUUAAGCUCCACUGCUUCUGAUAAUUUAGCCUGUACUGAUGAAGUCAAAGUUUAUGAAGAUGAAGGGGAAGAAGAAGAACAGCAGAAAUCUUCAGAAAAUCUUACAGAAGAUAAAGUUAGGUUGGUUAUCGAGAGCGAAACACAAAUACCAAAAAUAUUUGAUUUAUUUGGUAAAAAUGGUGGAGCCUCUUCAUUAUUCAAAAUGCCAUUUCCAACUGAUCCUCGAUUGGCCAGUUAUUUUCUACCUGGUUAUCCUGCUGCAAUCGCGGCUGCUAUGGCAGCUGUAAAUGCUGCCUCUUAUUCAUUAUCAUCUUCACCAUGUUUAACAACAUGUUCACCAUCAUCAUCAACAUCAUCUUCGUUACCAUCCAUGACUAAACCAACUUCUUCAAUAUGGAAUAUGAAUCCUGCUGCUGUUGUCGCAGCUGCUGCUGCUGCGGGAACAGCAUCUUCUUUCUGGUCAACUGGUUGCAACGGUGGUGGUGGUUCAUCGUCUACUUCUUCUGGUUAUGCAAGUUCUGAAGGUAGUGGGGGCAGUAAUGGUACUAACGGUUCUAAUUGGUUCCAUCAUUCAGCAAUAUCACCAGGUAGUAGUAGUAGCAUAGGUGGGAGUGGAGGUAGCGGAAGUGGGAGCUGUGGUAGUGGUUUCAGUUUCUUACAAUAUCCUUAUCCUCGUCAGCAUAAUUUAUUUAAUCAGAAACAUUAUUUACGAGCAUCAAAUGAUGACGAUUUACUUUCAUGUAUAAGAAGAGAAUCACCAAGUUUUGAUCGAUCAGUAUAUUUUUCAAAUGACAAUAUUAAUAAUAAUAAUAAUAACACUAAUUUUUCGUAUACAGAAAAUCAUCCUAUUGACUACAAUUUAUCUGGUCAAAUUUCGAGAUUUUCUAAUUUAUACAAUGAUCCUGUCAAGAAUUCAGCAAGUUUGACUAAUCAGUUCCCAUCAUGUGUUCCUAAUCCGUUUGGAUUUAUACCAUUUUAUGAUUCAUUCAGAUGUGGUGCAGCGGCUGCUGCUGCGGCAGCGGCGGCGGCUGCCGCAGCAGCAGCUUUUUCUCAAAAAUCUCCACAUGAAACAACAGUUCACCAUGACGGUGACAUUUUAAAGUUUGGUUCAAAAUAUCCAACAAACAAUCGAAAUCAUAAUACGAUGGGUAAUUUUGAUUUAAGUUUAGAAAAUUGUAAAAAUUAUAUGAAUUCAAUUGAUAUCAGGAAUGAUAAUGCUUGUACUACCAAUAUACCUGAUGUUUCUACUACUUCUGUUAAUACCGUUACUUGUAUAAAUGAGAAUAAAUCCAAUAAAUUAUCAUUAUCAUCAUCACUAUACACAAAUGCUUAUCAGACACAUCCUUCAUCAUCAUAUAAUCAACAAUGUAUUCGUCACUCGAAAGAUUUAUCCUCUAAUAAUAUGAAUAUGUUGCAUUAUUCACGUGACAUAGAAUCAACAGUUGGACUUUCAGUACGAGAGCAUAGUCAGUCACCAUUGCUAACAUCUCGUUAUCAUACGUUUGACAAUCCAAUUGAUUCACCUAAACUCUUAAAUACAUUACACACUAAUCGCUUAUUAGAAGGAUAUGGGCAAAUAUCUUCAUCUUCAUCAUCAUCACCACCACCACCACUAUCAUCAAUAUCAACAUCAUUAUCACUACCUAAUGGAUCUAUUCAGCAUGAUUCUUCUCCUUCAACGUCGUCGAAUUUCUAUGCUGUUGCAGCUUGUGCAGCAGCAGCGGCAGUUGUAGCUGCAGCAGUAGCAUCUUGGAGUGGUACAAGUUCACCAAAAACAUCCAAUAAAUCUCAACAAUAUUUCACAUCCUCUAAUAGUCAUCAAAGUUCACCAUGUCCUUCUAUUAGUAAUAAUAAUAAUAAUAAUAAUAGUACAUUAUUUCCAUUAAGUCCAUCUGGAUCAAUUAAUAAAUCAUCUCUUUUCAAUCAUUUACAAUCGGUGAAAUCACCGAGUAGUAUUGGUGGUAUGGUACCAUCACCGAAAGCAAAUAGUAACAAUCUGACUACUUCAUCAUUAUCUCCAGCCACAUUAUAUCAUAGAUGUGAAAAUAAUAAUAAUAAUCAUAACAAUAAUACGAAUAAUAAUAACAACUACAGUAGUAGUCGAGCAUCUACUUCAACUAAUUCUACCGCCGCUAGUCCUUAUUCUCCUAGUAUGUUUGCUGCUGCUGCAGCCGCUGCACACAUGCAGUUAUUAUCCGCAGCAGCAGCCGCUGCUACGUUCAAUUCAAAUUUGUCAUCAUCAUCGUCAUCGUCUUCAGUACAUACAGCUCCAUCAACACCAUGUAUAACAACUUCAUUAAAU